AUGGCUCCUCCGGCCGCGCCUCCACCGCGUAUGAGCGCGCCCAGCGGGCGUGAUGGCAGCACCGCGUACCAGGUCGUGUUGCCUGACGGGACUUCUUACCGCAAGCCGCCGACGACGUUUUCGCGGAAUCCGUGCGUGCGGAUGUACUAUUUUUUCCUGCGGCAGCUUCACAAACUCCUGUCUUCGGUGGAGGAAACCCCGGCGGUGCGGGCGGCCAAGUGUCAGCCGCGGCCGUGCGGGUUCAACCGCUUUCUGCUGUUAGCCGUCUACUUUGUCUACUCGCUGUUGACGGCGCGCGUCUACUUUGCGUGGCCUAAUUUGUCGAAUCUUCUCUUCCGCAACGACGCGUACAUUUGGCUGUGCGACGAGAGCGAGCCUGACAUGCGGCUUCCCGAGAACGGUGGGCGCCGCUACCGCUGCGAGGCGCAGAACUCCGAGGUUGGCAAGCUGUUUGUCACAUGUCUCGCUUUCGCCUUCUCCUGCUCUCUCCUUGCCGGAAUUCUCCUCGACUUCCUCGGCGCCAGAAUCACCGCAAUGCUCGGACAACUCUGCAACCUGCUCUCCUGGCUCUUGUUGGCCUUCGCCGGAAAGGGCUGCGAGACCUACUUCCCCGCAUUCAUCCUCAUGGGCGUCGGCUCAGACGUCGGCUAUCUGCCGCUGCUGUCGUCUGCCAACUUGUUCCCAGGACACGAAGGGCUAGUUAUUGCGUUGCUCGGUGCCGCGAAAAGUGCGAGUUUUGCAAUGCCCACGAUUCUCGACGUCACGGAAAACGCCUACGACAACAUCCACCUGAAGGAAGUAUCGAUCGGUUACGCAGUCUGUGGUCCAGGCUUGUGUUUCGUGCUCGCGCUGGUGUUGAUUCCGCUGCAAGUGUUUAAGCCGUGGAACGAAUUCGUCUGCCUGGAGGAAGAGGCGCAGCCGCAUCCACUGGUGCGCGUGAACGACUCCUUCGCGUCUUACGGCGCGCACGCGUGGAGAGACAGCUUCUCGAGCUUCCAAGAGGUGAAGGACUGGAUGCACCAGCACCACAUGCACACGCCCCUCGAGGAGAUGACGACGGGCGCCGCCCUCCACCAUCCGACGUCGCCCAACGCUCUUGUGCCGCCUCCCAACUACCUCGGCACUGGAGCGGCGCCUGCAGUCCAAGGCGGAGCCUCUGGGUCGCUCGGGAGCCCACCGUGCAAGACAGCGGCUGCCGGCGAAGGCGAGGCAAAAGACGAGACGACGCAGCAGCCGGCGUCGACAGAGCCGACAGACGGGCCCGCGGUGGCGCCGCUUCCGCAGCUGGAGAAGCUGCCCUCUGCAGACACGGAGGCCACGACCCAGGUCAUCACGCCGGGAAUGAGCAGGGCGCUGAUCGACGGCUCGCCAGGCGCGCUCUCCUCUGGGCAGCUCCUCACGUCGUCGCUGCCGCCGAUCGCUGGCAGCGGCGCAGGGAGUGUCCGCGGCGGAGCUCCCUCCGAAGUCGACGGCGGCGUCAUCAGCAACCCCGCUGCCAUGGAAGACGCCUUGGAGGAAGAAGGAAAAGCGCCGAAGUUCUGGACGCAAGUCUUCUCCAAGUACGCGUUCGGCAUCAUUGUGUACAGCGUCCUCAAGGCCAUCAUGUACGCUUUCUUCACCACCGGCGGAGAGAACUUGUUGGGCAAACAAGUCAACGACUUCAUGGGUGCAGCACUCCCCUUCUCCUGCCUCCCAUGCUUGGUCCUGGGCAAGGUCGUGGACACGGUCGGGAUUAUGCCGGCGCUGCUGCUGUUGAACAGCUUCAUCACGUUGGCCUACGGGUUUUCGAUGAUUGGCAGCACGGGUUCGGCGUACGUGGCGGCCCUGCUGUAUAUUUGCUACGUCUCCUUCUACUCGUCGCAGAGCUACUGCUACGUCUCGGACACUUUCUCUUCUUGCCACUUUGGCAAGUUGGUGGGUAUCAUCCACAUGAUUGCCGGUUUCCUCUCGCUGCUCAAGAUCCCGAUGCAGACCCUUGUCGUGCAUGUGUUCAACUCGCGCUACCUGUACCCCUGCCUCAUCAUGCUCGGCUUCUGCAUGGUGAACUUCUGCGUGCUCCUCUGGCUGGUCUAUCUGAAGCGCAAAGACCCGCAUCCGUACUGGCCGCAGUCCGCGCGCGAGGCGGUCGAGAAGGAGAAGGAGCGCCAGAAAGCAGCCAAGAUGGCGAGAAAGGAGCGACAACGCCGGGAGAGAGAGACCCACCAAGUGGGGCAAGUGGACCCCGCGGAACAGCUCGCUUGA